AACCCUAACCCUAACCGUUCUUCGACAGCAUAGCCCAUGGCGGAGGGCUCAAGCGACAAGGUGGCCUAUUUCCAGGCCAUCACGGGCCUCGACGACCCCGAUCUCUGCGCCGAGAUCCUCUCCGCCCACAACUGGGACCUCGAGCUCGCCGUCUCCUCCUUCACCUCCUCCUCCAAUCCCCCUCCCCCUCCCACCUCCACCAUCGCCGCCGCCGCCGCCACCACCACCACUUCCACCGCCGCCGCCGCUGAUCCGGCCCCUCCGGGACUCGCGUGGAAGCUCGUGACCCUCCCCUUUUACGUCGUCUCCGGGGGCGUCGGCCUCGUCACCGGAGCCGUCGGCCUCGGCGCCUGGAUGGCAGGCGCCGUCCUCUCCCGCUCCCUCAACCUCCUCGGCCUCGCCCUCCCCCGCCCCGGCGCCGGCGACUCCGACCGCCUCAUCGCCCUCUCCGCCUCCGCCGCCGAGGCCGCGGACUUCGUCGCCGCCUUCGAGCGCGACUUCGCGGCGGGCGACGGGGCCCCGGCGCCGCGGUUCGUGGCGGAGGGGUUCAUGGACGCGCUCCAGCGGUCGCAGCGCGAGUACAAGCUGCUCUUCGUCUACCUCCACUCGCCGGACCACCCGGACGUACCCGCCUUCUGCGCGGGGAGCCUCUGCUCGCCCGUCGUGGCGGCGUUCGUGAACGAGAACUUCGUGGCGUGGGGAGGGAGCAUACGGAGGACCGAGGGCUUCAAGAUGAGCAACAGCCUCAAGGCUUCGCGAUUCCCCUUCUGCGCCGUCGUCAUGGCCUCUACCAACCAGCGGAUUGCUCUCCUUCAGCAGAUUGAGGGGCCUAAAUCUCCUGAAGAGAUGCUCACAAUCCUUCAGAGGGUGGUUGAAGAGCACUCUCCAUCCUUAAUAGCCGCAAGACUAGAGGCCGAGGAGCGGCGUAAUAACCAGCGUUUGAGAGAGGAGCAAGAUGCUGCAUAUAGAGCAGCACUUGAAGCUGAUCAAGCGAGAGAGCGUCAAAGGAGAGAAGAACAAGAGCGCUUGGAAAGAGAAGCUGCAGAAGCUGAACGAAAGCGUAAAGAGGAAGAAGAGGCUUUGGCGAGGGCAGCUCAUGAAGCUGCUGAAAAGGAAGCUGCCAUUGCAAGAAGGCGGCAAGAGAAAGCAAUGGCACUUGGAGCUGAACCUGAGAAAGGGCCUGAUGUUACGCAAGUGCUGAUCCGUUUUCCGACCGGAGAGCGCAAAGAGAGGAGGUUUCACAGCUCAGCUACCAUCAGUUCGCUCUAUGACUAUGUCGAUUCCUUGGACUGCUUACAAGCCGAGAAAUACAGCCUUGUUUCGAAUUUCCCGCGUGUAUCCUACGGUCCGGAAAAGCACUCUCUCACAUUAAAAGAAGCAGGUUUGCAUCCGCAAGCAAGCUUAUUCGUCGAAGCGGAGUCAUAAAACUACAUAUCAUGGUCUCUAGUCCCGGAACGUUAUAUGCAUACAUUGUAGAUGUGUCUUUUAACCAGUGCUUCAACAGAAGAAGGUAGGGUCACUGUCUUGUACCUUUGAGUUGUGAUACAUCGUAAGCCCUGUUCUCUGUUAAACUCUUCAUUUCAUGUGAAUCCGAGUCGAUCGCUAAAAAUUGACUAUGUUUCUCUAUUCAUUCACUCAUGUAAUAAAUUGAAUUUGUUUCUGUCGCCA